UACCUAAAUUCCUUCGUCUUUCCCUUACUCUCUCACGUGCUCCGCCUUCUUCUUCCACUUCUUCAUUUCACUCCGUCUCCUGUACCCUUUCUACAGCUCAGCCUCGCCGCCGCUUCUCUUCCGUUCAGUUCUACCGCCGCCUCUCUUUAGCCUAAACCUCCAUCCUAGCAGUGUCCAAUCGAACGAAAACUUCUCCUGGCAUCAAAACUCAACCAAAUAUCUGAAAGUUUUAGAUCAUAGCAAGGAAGAAAGAUGAACAAGGACAAGAUAUUUAAGCUAGCCAAGGGUUUUAGAGGCAGGGCCAAGAAUUGCAUAAGGAUUGCCAGAGAGCGAGUGGAGAAGGCUCUCCAAUAUUCAUACAGGGAUCGUCGGAACAAGAAGCGGGACAUGCGCUCCCUUUGGAUACAACGCAUCAACGCUGGCACACGCCUUCAUGGAGUGAAUUAUGGCAAUUUUAUGCAUGGGCUGAUGAAGGAGAACGUUCAACUAAAUAGAAAAGUAUUGUCAGAGAUCUCAAUGCACGAACCUUACAGUUUCAAGGCGCUGGUAGACAUCUCUCGUAAUGCAUUUCCUGGAAACAAGAAUGUAGUGUUUCCCCCCAAGAAAGAUGCUGCUUCCAUGAUUGUUUAAUGGACCGUUUAAGAGUCCUCUGGACCUCCAGUUAUAUAGGAACCGACUCGGGGUGUUGUCUGGCUUAUGAUCAUCGAGAGUUGAUGCUUGUUUUUAGCAUAGUUCUUUUUGUUACUAUUAUUGUAUUAAUUCUCCUAAUCUUGUCAGACACUGAAAUGCUUCUCCAUUUGAAAUGAUAAAUUUUUUAUUGGAUGUUUUUUGGGUUUUAGAUCCACAACCAAGGACGA